AUGAAGAUCAUUUUUGGAGCUGCUGUGCUCUGUUUAGUUUUCUCGGGAAUAAUUUCUGAACAAUCCAGAGGAUAUUACGAAAGUUAUGUGAAGGAAGUUUACUAUUGGAAGAAAGUUUUCUUUGAGAAUUUACCAAAAUCCGAUGAUUCUUCAGUUGGUCCCUAUCGCUACUACAUCCCGGAAAAUGUGGCUGUUAAUGGUUUCGGGUAUCAUCCUGCAAGUGGGCUGUUUGUUGUGACCUUCCCCAGGCUCAGACCAGGAGUUCCAAUAACAUUGGGUGCCUUCUGUGUGGAUGAAUACAAAAUGGGAUCAAGCCCAACAAUUUGGGGCUUUCCCAACUACCAAAUGAAUACUCUGCAAGAUUCUGAUUUUGCUGGUGGAAGUGAUGAGGAAAAAGCCGCCCAGAAUGCGUGGCACAAUCCCAAUAAAUUCAAUUACAACACGGGGAAUUACUAUGGAAACUACGGAAGUAAUUACUACUCCCAUCAACUGCCAUCUUAUGCGAAAACUUAUGUACAUGUUCAAGGAUGGGGACAAGAAGAUCAACGAAUUAUUGCAUUGUUUCACAUGCAAAUUGAUGAAAUAUGCAAUCGAGGAUUUCUCGUGGAUAACGGACAAUUAGUUUACUACCAAAAUGCCACCUACACCAUUCAGAAGCCAGCUCUUUGGGUCAUUGAUCUCCCAGCAAAUGGAUGCAAAACACGCAACUUUCCCAUCAUUCGUCGCAGAGAAUUUCCCGAUAGAAUUGUUGCAAAGAGCCCAAAUGGUUAUGUGCACAUUACAUUGGACUACCAAUCAGAGGAUUCAUGCGAUGAUCUAUUCCUGUACAUUACAAACUGUUUCUUUUUCUUCUUGGUAGUUUAUGACUACAAAAAGGACGCCUUUUGGACAUUUGAACAUGAAACUUUCCUGCCAGUUAUUGCGGAAUCUCAUUUUGUGUACGAUAAAACCUUCGACUAUGAUUGGGCCCUUGGGCUACAUUCACUAGCUCUUGGCUAUCCUGAUAAGUUUGGUGAUCGUACGGCGUACUACAGUUCAAUUGCAGGUACAGCUCAGUAUGCAGUUUCAACGAAAAUCCUCAAAAAUCGAAGGAAAUCUCCAAACAAUUUCAAUCCUAAAGAUUUCCGCAUAAUGGGCUAUCGAGGAUGUGACAACGAACCAAUGAAGAGUGUAAUUGACUACACGUACGGCGUAAUGGUAACUACAGAGGCACAGACACAUGAGAUUCGCUGCUGGAACAUCAACAAACCCCUCAAUCCUGACAAUUUGGGCGUGAUUUUUAAAUCAGACAAAUACAAUUUUGGCACGCAAACAUUCAUUGAUUCAAGGGGUUACCAAUGGUUUGCAGGUGAUCCUGUACCCAUUCUCUAUGCCUCAGAUCGACCCCUUGAUCUCUCAGUGGUAAAUACAAGAAUUUUCAGGCUUAAAGUUUCAGACGCAAUUCGAGGGACUGUCUGUGAGAAUUGA